GGACUGUCAGUCGGUUGUUGGGUUAGUUCACUCAAGUGGGGUGGUAAACAAAUUAAACUCCCAGUUCAUAUGUUGGAUGAGUAAUCUUUUUGCGAUAGCGUUGAAUAAAGUGCAACAGGAUUAGAAGCUGUAUAAAAUGCACGGUCGUCUAAAAGUUCGCACCAGUGCCGAAGAAGCUGCCCGCAAGCAGAAGGAACGGGAACAAAAAGCGAAGGCUUUCCGAGCCGGGAUGGGCAGGAUUCUGAUGAAAAAAGUUACCGGAGAACUGGAUGACGAAAUGAUGCUGCUGACCGGUAAGAUUUUAUCGGCCAAUCCGGACGUGGCUACGCUGUGGAACGUCCGGAGACGGUGCAUUCUAAAAUAUGCUGAAAAUGACACGGAAACGCAAAAACUGUUUGAGGAUGAUUUGCGAUUUACGGAAAUGUGUUUGCAGGUGAAUCCCAAAUCGUACUGCGCUUGGCACCAUCGGUGCUGGUGUUUGGAAAACUGUCCUUCCCCUGACUGGCAGAAGGAAGUUGAUUUGUGCACCAAGUAUCUGAAGCUGGAUGAGAGAAACUUCCAUUGCUGGGACUACCGACGCUAUGUGACGGGAAAAGCGAAUAUCCUUCCAAGUAAGGAGCUGGAAUUUUGCACGGAAAAGAUUCAGAACAACUUCUCAAACUACUCUUCAUGGCACUAUCGCAGCAAACUGCUGCCAAUUCUGUACCCCAACAAGGAAGACCCAUCACGACCGAUUAGUGAGGAACGGCUUCUGGAGGAGCUGGAACUUGUGUUAACGGCUGCGUUUACUGAUCCAAACGACAGCAGUGCUUGGUUCUACCAACGCUGGUUACUGGGCUACUCACGGCCGGAAUUAGAUUUCGCUGCCUUUCGUUUGGACGUUAGUCGGAAGCUGGCGGUACUCACGUUUACUCGGCCAGUUAAUUUGAAACACAGUAAAACUAAGCUUAAUUUCAACUUUAGUGACGAACUAGGAGACGUAAAAAAGUGGUAUUCUGCCUCACCAGAAGAUAGUUAUAGCGUUACGUGGUUUAUCAAAGAUGUAAAUAUUGUAGUGCCCGAUCAAGCGACCUAUGCCAUAAGCUUUACAGAUGAAGACGGUAAAUGCUACACGCUUGAAGCUCAAAAGUUGUCGGAAAUCUCCCUUAUAGCGAUCAGAAAACCUAAAUGUGGGUACGAAUUUGGUUCGGCCGUGCUCGAUGUCCUGAAAGCUCAACUUGCCAACUGUGAUCAGCUGUUGGAAUAUGAACCGGACAGUAAGUGGACACUGCUGACGGCCGCCCUGCUGAUGAAAGCCAUCGACCGUAGCGGAAAUCACGCAAAAAUUUUGCACAACUUGGAGAAGCUGCAGACCGUGGAUCCGAUGCGGAAAGGAUAUUACCGGGACAUGAUGAACAAAUGGAGCGUAGAAAUAAGACUGGAACGUUGGCUCGAUGUGGAAAAACCUUUGGAAAAGCUGGAUUUGAGUGAGCUGGGCUUGAAUCGGUUGGCAUACGAGCAAUAUUUGGCCGUGGCCGAAGAGAUCGACCUCACUGGAAACGAACUGCUGGAGGGAAGCUUGAACAAAUGUUGCCAUUUAGUGUUCUGUCGGAAGUUGUCGCUGACCAAAGGUUCGCCUCUGCCGGAUGGAGUCGAGUCGAAGAUGAAGCAACUCUGCUUGAGCUUGGACGAGCUGAAGCUAGUCGAGUAAGUUUAGACUAAUGCAUUCCUUUAUUCAUAAUCCAGUUGGGGAAUUGGAGGUGGACAGCGCUUAGCUUAAGAUGCUUUUUCCGCGAAUGACUGCAAUGAUAUUUUUGAACAAUAGUUUGUUCUAAUACAAGUAACUCGCUUACAUCA